UUGUUGGCAGAUUUGUACGCUUAGCACACGGACUGAAACACGCUCACUGCCGUAAGAGAAAACACCAAGGACCUGUCAUAACACUGCGAGAAAUGUCGGCGACACAACAUAUGCCAUUUGAAGUAAUCGGGGAUAUGUACGAAUGUUUGAAGGACGCCGCCUUUGCUUAUCAGCAGCCUGAGUAUAGAUUACAGAAAGAAAAAAGUCCGAGUAAUUUAUUUUCUGAGAGAGACUUGACGAGGUGGGACAAGCAGAGAUCGGACGUGAAGCGGUUAACACAAGAACACACCGAACUGAUGGUUGAUUUGAUGGACUGCCAAGAGCAAUGCUGGAAAACACGUGAUAAAAUGAAACAGUACGUAAGCAUGCUCGAGUGUGCUAAAAUGUCACUACCACACCAUGUUGACGAUGAACGGAACUAUAAUGCCAGAAAAUAUGCUAUAAAGGAAUUGAAGAAGGACGUUAUACACAGACAAAAAGCACACUCCAAAAAUGUCGGAAAAUAUCAUACCAUUCUUACAGCGGAACAGAGCACAAGGCAGGAAAUGAUUGAGAUCUCGAAGGAACUGGAGAGUGCCAUGACAAGCCGACUUAGACAGGGAAUUAGUCAAGCUUGGACAUCACUCUGUAUUGCUAGUGACCCGACAAAGUUUAGUCAUGUUUUAGACCCUGAUCAUAUCAGCCAGUCCAUCUAUGAUAUCACAUGCAAGAGAUAUACCUUUAUAAAGCCUUCUAAUGAUAUAUCUAGCUUCGAUUUUAACAUGAAGAUUCAAAGACCCAGGAUACAAGUGUCUGUGUAUUCCUACACCGAUACCAGUUAUCCAACAUAUGGCGAUUCGUGUAACCAGAGAACUACACUGAGUGAGGAUACAGGCCAAAUACCGGACUAUUUCCUCAAGUUGAAGAAAGGUGACAAGCUGAGAUUGAAGUUGAUAUCCUCGGACGGUGCGAUUGGUUUCGGAUACAAUAAACAAUAUAAGAUAUCAGCGAAAAAAUGGGGAUUUGUAUACCUGUCCAGCCUUUUAAUUGAUGACACAGAUUUAGAGUGAAUUACAUUUGCCAUCUGUAUACAGAUUUCCGUUUUUUAUUGUAUUUAUUUACGCAGAUAAUAAAAUAUAAUAUAUACAUUU